AUGUCAACAGUAUACAAGUUCGGACCUCACACCAUCAGCGCAGGUCAGGUUUUUUACAAGACACAGUACUCCCUCGGACUCGUCAACCUGAAGCCGAUUCUCCCUAGACGCAAUGUCCCACGGUUCCUUGACCUGAGUCCUGAAGAGGUCAGCGAUAUGUUCCAGUCGGCGCAGAGGAUAGGCAAGGUCAUCGAGAAGGAGUACGGCGCGACGUCAUUGACGAUUGCUUGUCAGGAUGGACCGGCAGCUGGUCAGACGGUAGCCCAUUGUCAUGUCCAUGUGAUCCCUCGCCGCCUUGGCGACUUUGUCAACAACGACGACAUCUAUGAAAAGAUCACGGCCAACUCGAGCGAGCUGUUGAAGCAUCCCGAGAAGGUGGUUACUAUCCUAAGAAACACUGUGGGCGCCAAGGGGGUUGAUAAUGAGGAUAGACAGCCUCGGACUGAGGAGGAGAUGGCUCAAGAGGCUGCACAGUUAGAGUUCCUCCUGUCGUCCUAG